AUGAAGCUGUUUGAUAUUCUUCUUUCUGCUACUGCUACUGUCGGAGUACAGGCGAUGGAUCAGCCUGCUGGGGGUGAAACUAGUGUCAUCAUGAUCAAUAUGAAUACAGCCAAUAUUCAGAUGAACAUGGGCGACUUUUCCGGCUCCAGUGUGCCUGGACAAGAAGGCGAAUCCACCCAAGUGAGCUGGAUCGAAGGCCUGAGUAACGCGGACCGAGAUACUCUUACUGAACUUCUGGCCAACGAGGAAGUCAACGCUGGGAUGAAACUGCUCGUUGAGAAGCUGCCGGGUUUUUCGAGCUUCUACGACGCCCUCUAUCCGGAAGAAACUGCUACUGAAGCGACUGGCACUGGAGGAAUGGGCAAAUGA